UGCGCAUGCGCACAGGAGGCGAUGACGCUUCCUCUUCAGUCUCAAUGGGGUUUUUGAACCCACCGAACUAGUAGGAGUGUAAAAUAGACAUGAAUUACUAGUAUUUUGUGUUUCUGAUUAAAACGUCUUUCUCGUAUAUUUUGACUACACUGGACACUCUUGAGAAGCUGAGAAAAUGACUUAUACAAACAACAGAGAACAUUCACCACAAUGCGUUUCAUGCUGUUGUUUAGCCGGCAGGGGAAGCUGCGGCUGCAGAAAUGGUAUACAGCUACAGCUGAGCGUGACAAGAAAAAAAUGGUGCGAGAACUCAUGCAGGUGGUGCUGGCUCGGAAGCCCAAAAUGUGUAGCUUCCUGGAGUGGAGAGACCUAAAGAUAGUCUACAAGAGAUAUGCCAGUCUCUAUUUCUGCUGUGCAGUUGAAGAGCAGGACAAUGAGCUGAUUACCCUAGAGGUCAUCCAUCGUUUUGUGGAGCUGCUGGAUAAGUACUUUGGCAGUGUGUGUGAGCUUGACAUCAUUUUUAAUUUUGAGAAGGCUUACUUUAUCUUGGAUGAAUUUCUGAUGGGGGGAGAAAUCCAGGACACUUCAAAAAAAAGUGUGCUCAAGGCUAUUGAACAGGCUGAUCUGUUGCAAGAGGAGGAUGAGUCUCCAAGGAGUGUACUGGAGGAGAUGGGUCUGGCAUAGAAGCCUCUCAGUUUUAGAAGGGACUGUUUUAGAUAUUACUACUGCAUCUGGCAAGGGAAUGGACUUUAUUAGAAUAUGUUUGGGGAGGGAGGGUCAAGGAUGGCAUGAAAAAAGGACACAGGAUAGAGGGAUGGUUUGAAAGUGUGUGUAUACACUUCUUUUUUCUUUUUUUUUUAAAUACUACUGAGUUCUGCAUGUGAUUGUACUUUUUUCAGCCCAAUUUGUAUUCAUAAUGUUAAAAUAGCUGUGUCUUAUGCGGGGAUCAAACUACACAAAUUCAGCCUGAUUUGAACAUGAUUUUGUUGUUUCUGACAAAUUUCCAGUGUCAGGCCCAAAUAUGAAAGUUGGAAACAACGAAUAGGCCUUGUAGUGUCGCAUAAUCAAAGAACAGUGAUGAGGUGUCCGGGAUGCCCCAUGACACCCUUCCAAAAAGUUUAGCAUGUCAGAAUUUUUCGUAUUUUCUCACCUAGUUUGACAACUCCCGUGGCAUGAUCCUUGAUAUUCCUUCUGUAGCCAUGAUUGGCUAUUUCGUGACCUUCCUCUCUGAUGACAUGCAAGGACAUCAAUGAUUGGUUGAGGUGUAACUUGUCGUGUUGCCAGUCUCCUGACCAAGACACAGCAAGAAUUUAUGGCACUAUAAUUGCCUAAUUGGCCAUGGUGACUAUCAUGAAAGACAAAAAUAUUGUGUAGCCUGAUCCUGGCAUUAUCAGGACUCUCUGAAGACACACUAUACAGAUUAUAGUGUGGAAUGCAGAUUAGACACUUGAACUUGAUACACAGCCAUUUAUUUGUAAUGAACUGAAAGUGAAUCAAGCCUUACUAUGUUAACAAAAGGAGACAAUAUGCUUUUAGUCUAUAAGGAGCAGUUAUUUAUUUCUGCAAUCUCAAAUUAAUAUAUUCAGAAAUACUUAGAUUGUAUUUUUUGCUGCUCAGGAAAGAUUGGCUGUAACCAUUCAUGCAUGUCUAUUUUUAAAUGUGAUGCAAGAUUUAAAGUAGAUAUCAGACCUGAACUGCUUGCUUUGCAGUAUAGGGACCACACAGUAAAUCUGUGUAUGUGUGUGAAUGUGUGUUUAAAAAAAAAAUUUAAAUAAAAAAGUGUGUGUUUAUAAUGAGUAUAUAGGAAGUAUAUCUGUGCUCUUCACUUGCACAGGCUACCAUUAAAACAGUUUUCCAUGAGCAAGAUUUAAAAAUAAACUGAUGUGACAUUGGAAAUAGAAGAGAAAUAUUGAAUAGGUCUUUGAGUCAGUAGAAUAUUGAAUAGACUGCUGCAUAUGGUCUGUUCAUUCACUUCUAGUUCUAUGAACCACAUCUGCAAAGUCUUUGAAUGUUUAGUUUAAUGGAAGAGGGAAAAAUUGUACCUAACCUCGUUCCUGUUUUGUCCUGUUUCUACUUCCUGCUUUCCAAAGAGAUGUCUGACUGUAAAUGCAUAGUAUUGGAAUAAAAAGGGAAUAUUAUUUGAAUAACUCCUUUAAAAAUUGAGGGCUUUGGCAUAAUUUGUAACAUAGUGAGGAUAAAAAUUUAAAAGCAAAGUUUUUUUAAUGUAUUGUCAAAUAAAAAAAGAAUGUUUUGA